GCCUGAGCUUCCCAGCAUGCCUUGCAGGCGGGCCCGGAGUCCCGACGUCUAGUGAUGGGGAGCCCCGGGUGCUUUCGGCCGCCAGAUCGGGUGUAGAGGUUGAAGCGGAGCCCCGGGCCUGGGAAUUGGACGCCCGCAGGGGGGAAGAUGGAAGCGUGGCGCUGUGUGAGGAGGGGCUACGGCCGCUGUGUGGUGGGGAGAGGCCGAUACCCCAUGUUACCCCAUCACCAGAAGAGUCUGGGCAGAGAUUGGACGACACCGUGGGAGAAUCUGCAAAGGUGUUGCUGGAACAGACAUAUUUCUAGUUGUAUGAGGUGGCCUGGACAUUAUUCUCGUGCUCCUUACCCAUACUUCAGUAGUAGGCAUUUUUCACUAAAUUGGAGACCACCUUGUUUGUUUGAGUCUAGAACUCCGUUUCAGUACUGGAACUGGAGACCUGACAACCUGAGCCAGACCUCUUUGAUUCAUCUCUCUAGUUACAUCAUGAACUCUGAGGGAGAUGAGCCUUCAUCAAAACGAAGAAAACACCAAGGCACAAUACAACGACAUUGGGAAUAUAUAUGUAACCAUAAUAAAGACAAGACGAAGAUCCUAGGAGACAAAAAUGUUGACCCCAAAUGUGAAGACAGUGAUAACACGUUUGACUUUUCAGUGAUGUCCUAUAAUAUACUUUCACAAGAUUUAUUGGAAGACAAUUCACAUCUUUAUAGACACUGCCGGCGGCCAGUUUUACACUGGAGUUUUAGGUUUCCCAAUAUUCUGAAAGAAAUUAAACACUUUGAUGCAGAUGUACUUUGUUUGCAAGAAGUUCAAGAAGAUCAUUAUGGAGCAGAGAUCAGGCCAAGUUUGGAAUCUUUGGGUUACCACUGUGAAUACAAGAUGCGGACAGGAAGGAAACCUGAUGGCUGUGCCAUUUGCUUCAAACAUUCCAAGUUUUCACUCUUAUCAGUGAACCCAGUGGAAUUCUACCGCCGUGAUGUUCCUCUGUUGGACAGAGACAAUGUUGGAUUGGUGUUACUCUUGCAGCCCAGAGUUCCGAGGGCUGCCUGUCCUGUGGUCUGUGUAGCUAACACACAUCUGUUAUAUAACCCAAGGCGAGGCGAUAUUAAGCUGACCCAAUUGGCCAUGCUUCUGGCAGAGAUUUCCAGUGUUGCCCAUCAGAAAGAUGGCAGCUUCUGCCCUAUCAUUAUGUGUGGUGACUUUAAUUCUGUUCCUGGUUCUCCGCUUUAUAGUUUUAUAAAAGAAGGAAAAUUGAAUUACGAAGGACUUGCCAUCGGCAAGGUAUCUGGCCAGGAACAGUCUUCACGGGGACAAAGAAUUUUAUCUAUUCCAAUUUGGCCCCCAAACCUAGGUAUCUCACAGAACUGUGUGUAUGAGGUACAGCAGUUACCAAAAGUAGAAAAGACAGACAGCGAUCUGACACAGACAGAGCUGGACAAAACAGAGGUCUUAGUGACAGCUGAAAAAUUAUCUUCAAAUUUACAGCACCAUUUCAGCUUGUCGUCUGUUUAUUCACAUUAUUUUCCUGACACUGGAAUUCCAGAAGUGACCACCUGUCAUUCCCGAAGUGCCAUAACUGUGGAUUAUAUUUUCUAUUCUGCUGAAAAGGAAGAUGUUGCCAGGCAGCCAGGAGCUGAAGUUGCUCUGGUUGGUGGCUUGAAACUUUUGGCCAGACUAUCACUCCUUACGGAACAAGAUUUGUGGACUGUUAACGGACUUCCAAAUGAAAAUAAUUCUUCAGAUCAUCUACCUUUAUUGGCUAAGUUCAGACUUGAGCUGUGACUCUUCUUUGAUUACAUAUAUACUUUUCUUUCCAAUUUACAUUCUUUUUCAAAAAAUGUAAAAUAUUUCUUGAGAGUUUGCAUGUUUAUUUUUGCGCCAUGGAGUUUCUGAAGAGGUUAUGUUAAAUGCUUGAAACAGAUGUGAGAAGAAACAAGUUUACAACAAUUUUCUUUGUAAUACCGAAAAAAUAUUUUCCUGACAAGUGCGAUCCAAACGCUCCUUAUUGUAAAAGAGUUGUAAAUGUUUUUUAUUCUAAAUCCCAGUAAAACUGACAGUGAUUUUUAAAUACAGUGCAUCCUCUUUAGUUAGUAAAGAAUUUCAGUUGAUGUUUUUGGCAAGCUUUACGGUGGAUCCAAAGUAUCUUUGAGUUCUUGCAAACCACAACGCAUUUCCCUCCCAGAAGGCCUGAUUUCAUUGUGAGGACCAUCUGUUUGUUGAGUCCGAAUUAUUUCAUCUCAGAAAUCACUCACAAGUGUCCAGCCAACCAUUUUAGCUUGGUUUUGAGGGGGCUUGAUAAUGCUUUCUAAAAUUGUACAAAUUGCCUAAUCCGUCUUACUACUCUCCUGAGCCGUGUACUAUGUCUGCAUUUUGUUGGGAGAUGUAGGUCACCAUUACUAGUGGGUGAGGUGCUGUAUACACGCCCUCUUUCCAUCCUGUGACAGACAGACCAUUCCAGCAUGCCUGAGAGAGGCAGAGACUGGGUUAGAUUGCCUUUGUUUCCCUAGCACUUUGUUUUUUGUUUUUUUCUUUUUUCUCUUCAGUUUCAAGAAGAGAUCCCUGGGGGCGCCUGGGUGGCUCAGUUGGUUAAGCGACUGCCUUCGGCUCAGGUCAUGAUCCUGGAGUCCCUGGAUCGAGUCCCGCAUCGGGCUCCCUGCUCGGCGGGGAGUCUGCUUCUCCCUCUGACCCUCCCCCCUCUCAUGUGCUCUCUCUCAUUCUCUCUCUCUCAAAUAAAUAAAUAAAAUCUAUAAAAAAAAAAAAAAAAAAAAAAAAAAGAAGAGAUCCCUGGGUUGGGGGAGAGUCUUUAUUUUUCUGAACCAAUUCUGUGGAAAUUUAUUUUAUGAGGAAACUUGUCUUUAGAACAAAGUGGCUGCUAUAAGAUUCUUUUGGUUUUGCCUCAGAUAUUUAGGAAGCCCGCAGAACUAGUAGGGAGAUACCAACUUGGAGACCUAAUACUCUUAAGUAGUAAUUUUAACCAUCUUAGUGGUUUUGUUUCUAAGAUGUUACUUUGUUUUCUCUUAUAAUGAGGCAGCAGUGUGAGGUGGUGCUGACAUUUUUUUGUAAAGUGGUUUAAGAGCAGGUCUAGUGAGUCCCACAGUUGGCGCUCUGUGAGUGUUUGGAUCAAACAUUUUAAAACAGAAAAAGUGAACAUGUCCUCUUUUUUAGACAUUAGGAUCAAAGAAUUAUGUGCAUUUUUACUAAGUAGUAAUUUUAUAUUUAAUUAUACUGAAUUAUAAAAGUUUUUACAAUGGGUGUUCUUCAUAGAAUGCCUCAUCUUAAAUUAGAAAGCAGUAGUUACUCCGGGUCCUGGACUCUAAAGGUUUUUGUACUAAAGUAUAUUUACUACAGUUAUUUUUUAAGAAAAGAAAUCAAAUGACUACCUGAACAAGGCAUGUGGGUUAUAAGGAUUUACCUACUAAAAAUCAUAAGCAAGUAUUUUUAAAUGUUUAAUUUCUCACUUUUUUGGGUUUUUACUUACAGUAUUAACUGUAGUUCUAAGAUUUUCCACAUUUUCUAGUAACAGUCUGCAGAAUAUUGUAUGUUCUAAUUAGCAGAUAUUGUCAUCAUGAAAUAAUAGUAUAAUUAAUCCUUUUUAAUAUUGGGGAAAGAAAAAUGAAAAUUCAUUAAUUACUGCUUUGUGUUUAUGUGAGUUUAUUAACAGAUAACUUUGUGUAUAGGUCGUUUUUGCUAAACUAACAUCUCUGAAAACCUCUGUGAAAAUUUAAUUUUUUAUGUCCUGAUCAAUAUAUUGAUUUUAGGCCCUUUUCAUGUGCUUCACUUUGUAGAGUUAAUCCAUAAAAAUGUUUUCCACUUUAGCCUUUAGAAUGUAAUAGUAUUUUGUGAACUGGAGGCCAAGGGGUCAAUGUAACCUUCUCACAGGUUUUUAAAGCUCCACUAAAAUUAACUAUCCAGUUGUCUUUACUUUUUUUUGGUCAGAAGAAUUGGUAACUCUCUUGUAUUUACCUGCCAAAAGCAUUUAAAUCUGGUUAAUUGCUGAAGCCAAAUCACCCCCAAUCUGGUACUGGCCAAGUUUUAAAAUGGAAAGAGAUACUGUGGAGUAAGAAAUGUUGGUUUUACUGUACCUUUUGAUAUCAAGAUGCAUGUUUGAAAUCUUGUCCCUUUUUUUUGGAAUUUAGCAACUGUCUGCUUUUAACCCUUUGCUUUCCUAAAAAACCAAGUUAGAGAUCCAGAGAGUUCAAGGCGUUGGGGAAACAGAGAAUUCAAGUUGUUUGCACUUUGUUUCUGUGAAUCACCUAAUAAAUUAUUACUCUAGUGCA